UCUUUCUUUCUUCCCCAAAAGUACUCAAAGUACAUAUACAUAUAUAUAUAUAUAUAUAUAUAUAUGUAUAUAAGAGAACAUCACCUAGUGAUAUGGUAUCUGGUACUAUACGGUUCACAAUGAACUCGUGUGAGGCAUGAACACAUAUAGCGAACCUGCCUAAUCUUCUUCAUCUUCAGCACUGUUGUCUUCCUGUUGGCUAUUGUAGUCCUUAUUACUACCAGCUUUUUUUUUUUUUUUUUACUUUUAACUUUUGUUGGCUGUUUUGGGGUCUUUUUGUAGUUUUUAAUUUUGAGGGUUUGACAUGAAUAAUGCAUUUCCAGAGAUCUUACAAUGUUCGGACAUGACAGUGCUCGAGAGACAAAAGGCUCCCUUGCAACGGCAACAGGAACAGCUUCAGCAGCAAGAAAAACAACAGCAAAGUUAUUUCAGUGAGUUAAGAGGGGUCUUUUCAAACCAAACCAGCCAUGUACAAGGCUUACAGGGUGGUUUGUUGAGCGGUGACUCGUUGUUAUGUGACAUGGUGAUGACUCCGCAAGCGAAGCCUGACCCUGGUUUGGAGACUGCCCGGUCUGAGUUGGGGAACAUUGACAUAGCUGGCAUGGGGUUUGGGCAAUGUGGGUACGUUAAUGGGCCAAGUUUUGAUAUGAAUUACGCUAUUUAUAGGACUUCCAGCUGCCCGCCAGCUGUGGUGGCGGCUGCUGUAGCCACCGAGGGGGUGGAGGCCAAGGGCAAGGAGUCGGUUGAAUCAGAGAAGUUGGGUUCAGCCAUUGGAAGAGAAAGCUUCAAGAAAAGAAAAGCUGAUAAGCUGCAUUGCUCCAAGGUUGUUGCGGAAGAUGACUCCAAGAGGAUCAAAGCCUGUGCAGAAGAGAGAGAGUCAAAAAUUACAGGGCCAAACACCAACAAAAGCAGCAGCAGCAACAAUAACAAUAAGAAGCAAACUUCUACUGAAACUUCCAAGGAGAAUUCAAAGUUUUCUAAGGUUCAAAAGCCUGAUUAUAUUCACGUCCGGGCACGUCGUGGCCAAGCCACCGAUAGGCACAGCUUAGCUGAGAGAGUUAGAAGGGAAAAAAUCAGUGAAAGAAUGAAGUAUCUGCAAGAUUUAGUUCCGGGAUGUAACAAAAUCACAGGCAAAGCAGGAAUGCUUGAUGAAAUAACCAGUUAUGUUCAAUCUCUUCAACAGCAAGUUGAGCUCCUAUCUAUGAAACUAGCUGCUGUAAAUCCAAAGCUUGACUUCAACAUUGAUAAUCUUUUUGCCAAACAGGUAAGGCAAAAUCCAGCUGCUGUAUUACAUUUUUCUGUUACUAAUUAUGCUGGAAUUGUUUGUUCUCGACAGCUGUUUGCAUCUUGUACGACUACUUUUCCAACAGUUGGGAUGUUAUCAGAAAUGGCAAACCCUCCUUAUCUUCAGUUCAAUCCGGUUCAACAAGUGGUUUCUUGUCGUGAAGUGGAAAUGGGAAUGGGAAUGGGAAUGGAAAUAAACUCUCCUGAUAUGGCACUUCAAAGAACCAUUAAUGCCCCUCUAUCAAUCCCCGAUGCAUCCUUUCUCGACUCAUCCUGCUUGGCCGUAAUUUUCCCUUCUCCUUUUUAUUCCUGUGCUUUACUCUCUUCUACAGUAUUCACCAUUUUUCUCACUAUAGAUCAACACUCGCAAUGCAGCAAUUUCAAUCCUCUGCAGCAUGGGAUGUUGAAUUGCAAAAUCUUUACAAUGUGGGAUUUGACCAGGAAGGAUCAACAACACCCUUUCCAUCUCAACCAUUUACAGGGUUCCAUUGAAGCUAGCCAUCUAAAGAUGGAGAUGUGAAUCACGAUAUCAGUCAACGGUUUAUUGACGAUUGAGUUAAUUCCAGUUGCCUUUGAUCCAGAUUCUUUUUGCUUCUUUAAAUACAUAAGGUUAUAUAAAUAUUUGCGUGUAUGCUUGAAAAUAGUAUGAAUAAGAUCAAGAUUCUUUUUUGCUUCUUUAAAUACAUAAGGUUAUAUAAAUAUUUGCGUGUAUGCUUGAAAAUAGUAUGAAUAAGAUCAUUACUAAUUAACUUCAAACUCUCUAUUGUUCAUAUUGUAUGUUCAUAAUCACAGCACAAUGGAUUCCAAUUACAUUUAAGGUAAAAAUAAAGGUCAUGGGAUGGAGGCGGAGAACAAAAAUUUGGGGGUCAAGAACAGGUGGGUUAAAGGUGGUUGAUAUGGAUAAAUGCAAGGAAAGAUCAGUCUAGUUCAAUUGACCUCCUUUAACAAUGACAUAGUUAUUUGCACUCACUGUUUCAUUUCUACGAUAGAAAGUGAAUCUAGUUCUGCAUUAAACUAGACUAGAGAAUGCAAGAAGCACCACAACAUUUUGUAAUGGUGAGGGAAUGCAUAGACUAUAAUUCAGUGGCACAAGUUGUUCCUCUAUUUGAUAAACCUAAGUGACAACUUGGAGCAGUCCAGCAAGGACAGAGGACAGGAAUCCUAUUAGUGGACCAUCUUGGCUCCCUUUUAGUUAGAAUAAUAUAUGUUGAUCGGGACAUUGAUAAUUAGUGCAUAACUGCAUAUAAUGAAGAAUAAGGAGCGAAAAUUGUAUGCGCACAGGCACAGGGAUGUCACAGAAAGGGAACCAUCCCUUUGUUAUUCAUCUCCCUUGACUGGUUUCUAUGACUCCCAAGUCAUAUCCAAUAUUACUUUUUUUUCUAGGGAAAUUGAAUCAGACUUGAAUCAUUUCCAUAUAGAUUAUUCUUUUAUGAUUCAUCCUAAGAGGAGUUACCCAAUUUGUCAACUUCAAAACUGUAUAUAAAGCUUGGACGCAGGCACUUUGCUUAUUUAAUGGUAAUCCAGGGAGAGAAUAAUCCAAAUGUUCCCAGAUUUCACAAGAUUUUUACUUCAACACAUUAAGAUUCACCAGGAAAAUACGAACUGGAGAAGAAAACAGGGGCUUCUGUAGUCAGUCUACCUGCUGUUUUAGCUCAUUGGUGGAGAAAACUCAGAACUCAUGUUAGUCACACAAACAUUACUUUGUCAGAUCAGUAAGAAUCCAGUAAAAGGACGAUAUAUGAUUUGGCAUUUAUGAAUAUUGAUGAUGUAUCUCAUUAACAAAGCCACAACGGCUUUACUAAAACCAUACAUAACUACAAAAUAGAUAAUAACUGAAGGUUGAUGCACCUGAUAUCAACAUGGAUAAAUCUGCAGAAGAAUGUGGUACAAAUGUAGAGGUACAUUAACUGCUUGUGUGGGUGAUCAACGGAAGAUGGAACUUGUCAACUUGGAGACAAAUCUAAACCCUUGGGCGCUGCUUGGUUUUAGGUUCUCUAGCACUAGCAGGCAAGGGAAUCAGGACACUCUUAUGGUCACCCGGGGUUGAACCUCCUAUCCAUUUCUUUGUUCAGCAGAAGGCCAAAAAAAUAGUUUCAAUUUUCCUUUUAGGAUGUAACUUGAUUGGAUUUACGUUUAUCCAGAUU